AUGGAUAUAAAGACCUUGCUGGACAAUCUUCAUGAUGAAGUAUCCUGUUCUGUGUGCAUGUGUACAUUCACUGAUCCAAAGCAGUUGCCUUGUUUGCACAGUUUCUGUCUUCACUGCCUGAACAAUAUUCAACGAACGAGCGGCGUCCAUGGCAAAAUUACAUGCCCCGAGUGCAGGGGACAGUUUCAAAUCCCUGGAAGUGGAAAUCCUAGCGAACUUCCCACUAAUUUUCGUAUCAACAGUCUGCUAGAUGUCUUGGCAAUAAAAGAGUGCAGCACAGCUAACGUGAAAUGCGGAAAUUGCAACAAACGGAGCGCCCAGACCUUAUAUUGCUUCCAGUGUUAUGCUUUCUGGUGCGAGGAAUGUAUUUUAGGACAUAACAUAAUACGCACCAAUAAAGAACACAGAACGCUGGCACUGAAUGAUUUUCAAGAUCAAGACAUCGAGGCCGUGUUAAAGAGACCGGCAUUUUGUCAGAAGAAACGACAUGAAAAAGAAGAGUUGAAAUUCUUUUGCAAGGACUGUAAAGUCGCCAUUUGCAACACUUGUUUUGUGACACUUCAUGAAGGUCAUGGUAAGAUGCUUUUGGAAGAAGCUACAGACGCACGUAAGACACAGAUCAACUACACACUUCAAUCUUUAAAAGAUAAAGCACUUGAAAAACGAAAAGAACAAGACCAACUGAACCAAAAGAGCAUGGACAUUAACGAGCAAAUAGCCGAAUUAAAAACCCAAGUGCAGACGACUGUAGACCAAUUGCUUGCAAUCAUCGAAAAGAGGAAACAGGAUAUUUUUGAUAUAGUCGAUAAUCAAGCGAAAAAGCCACUGGAGUCUCUCUCACAGAAUCAAGUCCAAGUUGCAAAUCAAAGGAAACUAAUUGAAUCAGCAAUUGAAGAAACUGAAUUUGUGUUGAUACGAAGCUUCAGUACUGAAAUCCUUGAAUUCAGUAAAACCUUUGAUUCAAUCCUACAGGAACAGGGAACCCAAGAAAACAGUGACACUGAAUACAGUAUCCCUCGGUUUAGUUUCACUAAAAGUGAAAAACUGAUUAAUCUGUUGAGCAUGAGCGAGGGCAUAGGUAAUGUAAAAUUUGUUUUUAGCGAAACUAAAGCGCAACAACCAGAAGCUAAACGUAAAGAAAGUAUUAAAGCAAUUGCUGGUAAUAAAGGGACAAAUGUUGGUGACAGUCCUACUCAGACUCAGGUACAAACCAGGCGCUUCAGAUCUGUGCUUUCAUUCGGACAAUAUGGUGAAACCACCGGAAUGCUUAACUUGCCCUGUGGGGUGGCAGUUAAUUGCAAUGAUGAAAUUGCUGUGGCUGAGUCCAAUAAUAAUAGGAUAUCUGUAUUUAGAAGUGACGGUACCCACUUGAGAUCAUUUGGUAGGGCAGGUCACAAUAAUGGAGAGUUUAAUUACCCUACAGGGGUCGCUUUCGAUAGCCGUGGCAAUAUCUUGGUGGCAGACUGUUUUAAUCACAGGGUGCAGCGUUUUGAUGGGACUGGUAAGUUUCUUAGUAAGUUUGGUGAAAAAGGAAUUCUUGAUCAUCAGCUCAAUUAUCCUGAAGGUUUAUCAGUAAACUGCAAAAGCGAUAUUAUCGUUGCUGAUAAAGAUAACAAAGCAAUCAAGAUAUUCUCUUCUAGUGGCGAGUAUUUACAUAAAUUAGGUGGAGCAGCAGGUGCUAAGUUGGUCAAGCCUUAUCACUGUAUCCAACAUGGCCAAUAUUUUAUAGUCUCAGAUUACGGUGAUCAUUCCAUUAAAAUGUUUAAUCUUGAGGGAGAGAUUAUUGCUAGAUUUGGAAAACAGGGGGACAAGGAUGGAGAGUUCAAUAAGCCAUACUACUUGUCGGUGAACAAAGAAGGAUUGCUAAUGGUCUGUGAUGAAAGAAAUCACAGGGUUCAGGUAUUUGAACUGAGUGGAAAGUUUGUUACAAAGUUUGGAAGUAAAGGUAGGGAGAGUGGAGAGUUUAGGAAUCCAGUAUGUACAGCAAAUACUGGUGAUGGAAGGAUAGUUGUAUGUGAUACGAAUAACAACCGAAUCCAGCUGUUUGAUUAUGAAUGAUACGAUUUUAACUUUGUUGUACAAGAUACUUGAGAAUGUGAACUACUGUACAUUUAUCAUAAGAUCUCAGUAGAUUUUAUAAUUGUUAAAGAAAACAAUGUUGUGAGAUAAUGUUGUUAAUAUAAUAAAUCUUAUCAUGAAAUCGAAAUUGCUAUAGUACUGGCGUGUGCAAUGGCAAGGGAAGGGAGGGGCAAUGAAACGCUCCCCACCCCUCUUUUCCUUAGAUUCUACUCCAUUUUCAGACUAAUUUCUCGCCGUAACCACCCUACCCUACUCCCCAAAAAAGAACCGGUUUCAUAGGCUGCCUGCCCAUGCAUAGACAUUAAGAAAAGUGAGUAAACGGUAUAACCUGGUUUUCACUUGCGCAUAAGCAUAAGGCUUAGUAUAAAUACAAAGCUAUACUUAGUAGAGAUACGUGAAUCACAGGACCUCGCGAAGGACUUCCGGGGAACGCCAAGCAGUUGAAUGGAAAUAAGAAGUAAUAAAGAAAAUUUAUAAAUCUAAAAAACUUUGGCUAUAUGAAGAAACAAAACAACCGUAAUAAAUAAAAAGAAAACUGAAGAAAAGGAAUUAAAGAAAGGGAGAAGAGAAAAAGAAAAUCAGGUACAGCCCGUAAUCGAACUCAGGCCCUUCAAGGCGCCGGGCCAUAGCUUUUCCACUAGGCCACAUAAAACACAAAGUGAAAAUUUCUGAAAAUAUAUUAUUAAAAACCUUUCCCCUGGAACUUCCGCCAGCGUGACCUGUUUAAAGUUGAUCGAGCCCUAUUAGGAAUUCAGAGAUAUUGUUCAGAAGAAUGACCGUUGUUUUGACAGUGAAACCCCAACGUAACGUAAACGAAUUUCAUGGCAUUUGAAGAGCGGCAGCUCAACUAAGCCCAUACGGUAUAAACUCGUCUGGCGAGCAAAACGUGUUUUGUUACCUCGAUUUUUGCUCAUCUUAAGGCAAAAAAACCAAACCGAUGCAAGACACUCUUCGGUGUUGCCUGUAAAAACAAAAUGCUAUGUGACGUCACACACUAGAUGACGUCAGAGCGGACACCAUGGCGAUAUAUACAAGUAUACAAGUAUAGAUUGCAGGUCGCUAACACCACGCGCGUGACGAGAUUAUAAACCUCUGGAGGCGAGGCGCAUUCGCCUUAUUUAUUGCCUGGGGGAGGAGGUGGGGAAGGAGUUUUGUUGCAACAAAGGAGCACUUAUGUGAUCCCCCCUUCAAGCAUACAGUGUGGUUUUGAUNAACGUGUUUUGUUACCUCGAUUUUUGCUCAUCUUAAGGCAAAAAAACCAAACCGAUGCAAGACACUCUUCGGUGUUGCCUGUAAAAACAAAAUGCUAUGUGACGUCACACACUAGAUGACGUCAGAGCGGACACCAUGGCGAUAUAUACAAGUAUACAAGUAUAGAUUGCAGGUCGCUAACACCACGCGCGUGACGAGAUUAUAAACCUCUGGAGGCGAGGCGCAUUCGCCUUAUUUAUUGCCUGGGGGGGGAGGUGGGGAAGGAGUUUUGUUGCAACAAAGGAGCAUGUAUGGGAUCCCCCCUUCAAGCAUACAGUGUGGUUUUGAUCCCCCCCCCCCCCCCCCCCACAUUGGCGGUGGAAGAUUUCAUGAUCCCCCCUCUUCUAUCCCAGCCACCACAAAAAGCCAGUGUAACUAUAUGCAAGCAAGUGACAUCUAUAUUAAUACUCACGUCUUAUGAACCUUGAACAACAACUUCACAUCAGAUGGUCAUCUGAUAUGAACUGAAUUGUUUGUGAAGGGUAACUCUUCUCAUCCAAAUCGUUGAAAACAAAGUCAUUGUCGUUCUCGUCCUCCUCACUGUCUAAUUCUUCCUCAUAUUCUUUAUCCCCUGAUUCCGAUCCCCGUCACUUUCAUCUUUGGAGUACCUCACGAUUCGUCUGAGUUCACAGACUCCUUAUGUGUCGGUAAUAAUGACAUCGAAAAGCUUUUACUUUGUCAUUAAGCUUCCUACCAAUAGUGGUCAGUCCGUGUUCUUUCAGGUAGAAGUCAAGUUCUUUUACCUUUAACUUUUCGAUCUUGCCACUCUCAACAAGGAUGCUGUCCCAUUUGAAGUCCUUGUAUGUCCGUUCCGCCUCUUGCCUCUUUCGUUCCUCAGCUUCUCUUGUUUUAAUGUUUUUUCUGAUAUUAAUAUCUUUAAUGCGAUUAAUAUAUGGAAUAACAUGCUUCUCAUCAACAUUGUAUUUUGAACAGAAGCUCUUGAUGGUAUCUACAUCUUUUAUGACACUGACGGAAUGUUCCUCAUGCAAAUCCUUCAAACAUUUUCUCGGGAGAUAGUCAUCCGGUGUCCUGCCUGUCGAUUCCGUCUGACAGACAUCCAUGAAAUGUCCCCGAUUGUUUGGGUCUGGUACAGGUUGCGGGAUUCUUUCUGUCUCUGGUCCCAUCCAUCUAUUGUUAGAACACCAAAAACGGAGAUUGGAGGUCUCCUCUUUGCUGGCACGCACCACCACAGAAUUUCAUUAAGAGCUCUCCAUGGAUGUAGUGGUCUUCCAUAAACGAUUCGAUCUUUCUGAGGUAUGCUGCACCAGGGAAUUCCAAUUUGUUUCUUCCUGAUUCGCUCUGUUAUCUAUCAAGAUGAGCAGAAUUGAAAAAAAAACAGUUUCUCACGAGGCUCACUCACUUUACUCUUAAUGUAGUCUUUAAGAACAGGGGCGUCAUCAAUCCUCUCGGCAACCUGACUGCUUACGUAUACAAGGCAUUUUUCUCCAUCCGCUUCUUUUCGUAUCCUUUAUAUGACUGAACUGACAUUCUCUUGAUUUCCUCUUCUGAAAGACCUUCAAAUCUCCUAUACUUUUCGCACUCUAGAGUUGCGCCAUCCACAAGAGCAUCAGAAAUAGCAGCGUUUGUCCGUUCGGCUUCACCUUAAUCUGCCCGCUGUCGCCCCUCGAACGAUGGAGUCAGCCGGGAGGAUGUUCAAGAGUCGGUAAAGGGAGGCGUCCAAGAGGCUGCCAAAGAAGCGCUGGGGACGAAGCAGUGACACUAAACUAAUCACUUGUUGAUUAUACCAUGUAUAUAUUUUCUACUUCUGUUGUUGUUGUUUGUAAUGACAGUGUACCACCAGGACGCCCUAAAAAGGCGUCGAACAUUUUUUUGAAAGAAGUGAAUAGUCACUCAAGAGAACUGCGACACAGUUUUGAAAUACAUGUAUAGCCAUUGAAAUGACAGGACACAGGAUUCUUCCCACUCUCUUCGUUCAUCUAAGUGAUAAACCGUUGUUUCUAAAAAAAGCCAUUUAUAUAAACGCACCUUAAAGACCUGAUCAACAAAACCAAGAAACAAAUAAACACAAAAAAACCCGCUGAAAAUAAGCUUAAAAGAGAAAUUUAAUGUACAUUUCACACUUUUAAUAGGCAAAGAAUAAAUUCUCAUAAAACAUCUUGUAAUUGUUGCUGAAUGCAUAUGAAUGAUUUUAAAAUUAGUUGGGUAACCUGAUGGGGUAGCCCGACUUAGCCCAGUAAAGUGGAACAGCCCGCCUUACGGCCACCUCGGUACUACGGUCGCCUCGUUAUUACGGCCACCUUUUUUGGCCACCCGGCAAAACGCCAUACAUUUUCUUGUAAAAAAAAAAAACCAGUUAAUACGGUCACCCGUCAAUACGGCAAAUUGUUUUGGCCCAUUGGUACAUGGUGACUGCGACCGUAUUAUCGGGGUUCCACUGUUCUCUCGAUCUCGAUCUGUCUUCUAUCUGUGGUUUGAUGAAUAUUUUAAAAAGUUCAUGCUUUGUAAACAGAUUAUCAUUUCUCAGUAAUAAAAGUUAUUUUUGGAUUCUCUCAGGUCAUCAAAACUUUAACACCUCAAGACACCAUUUGACUGGUUGCCAAAAUAUACUUUACGGUCUGGAUCAAAAGACAACACUUCUUUGUUGUGGUUUCUGGGAGUGCCAACCGACUACGUCUCAGAGUAUUUUAAAACUUAAUUUGCUUUCGAUCUUCUUUAUGGAUAUAAAGACCUUGCUGGACAAUCUUCAUGAUGAAGUAUCCUGUUCUGUGUGUAUGUGUACUUUCACUGAUCCAAAGCAGUUGCCUUGUUUGCACAAUUUCUGUCUUCACUGCCUGAACGGAAUUCAACGAACGAGCGGCGUCCAUGGCAAAAUUACAUGCCCCGAGUGCAGGAGACAGUUUCAAAUCGCUGGAAGUGGAAAUCCCAGCGAACUUCCCACUAAUUUUCUCAUCAACAGUUUGCUAGAUGUCUUGGCAAUAAAAGAGUGCAGCACAGCUAACGUGAAAUGCGGAAAUUGCAACAAGCGGAGCGCCCAGACCUUAUAUUGCUUCCAGUGUUGUUCUUUCUGGUGCGAGGAAUGUAUUUUAGCACAUAACAUGAUACGCACCAAUAAAGAACACAGAACGUUGGCACUGAAGGAUUUUCAAGAUCAGGACAUCGAGGCCGUGUUAAAGAGACCGGCAUUUUGUCAGAAGAAACGACAUGAAAAAGAAGAGUUGAAAUUCUUUUGCAAGGACUGUAAAGUCGCCAUUUGCAACACUUGUGUAGUAACAGUCCAUGAAGGUCACGGAAAGAUGCUUUUGGAAGAAGCUACAGACGCGCGCAAGACUCAGAUCAACUCCAUGACUCAAUCUUUAAUAGAAAAAGCACAAGAAAAACGAAAAGAGCUCGAGCAAUUGAACCAAAAGAGCAUGGACAUUACACUGCAAGUNGUUUCUGGGAGUGCCAACCGACUACGUCUCAGAGUAUUUUAAAACUUAAUUUGCUUUCGAUCUUCUUUAUGGAUAUAAAGACCUUGCUGGACAAUCUUCAUGAUGAAGUAUCCUGUUCUGUGUGUAUGUGUACUUUCACUGAUCCAAAGCAGUUGCCUUGUUUGCACAAUUUCUGUCUUCACUGCCUGAACGGAAUUCAACGAACGAGCGGCGUCCAUGGCAAAAUUACAUGCCCCGAGUGCAGGACACAUUUUCAAAUCCCUGGAAGUGGAAAUCCUAGUGAACUUCCCACUAAUUUUCGUAUCAACAGUUUGCUAGAUGUCUUGGCAAUAAAAGAGUGCAGUACAGCUAACGUUAAAUGCGGAAAUUGCAACACAAGGAGCGCCCAGACCUUAUAUUGCUUCCAGUGUUGUUCUUUCUGGUGCGAGGAAUGUAUUUUAGCACAUAACAUGAUACGCACCAAUAAAGAACACAGAACGUUGGCACUGAAGGAUUUUCACGAUCAGGACAUCGAGGCCGUGUUAAAGAGACCGGCAUUUUGUCAGAAGAAACGACAUGAAAAAGAAGAGUUGAAAUUCUUUUGCAAGGACUGUAAAGUCGCCAUUUGCAACGCUUGUGUAGUAACAGUCCAUGAAGGUCACGGAAAGAUGCUUUUGGAAGAAGCUACAGACGCGCGCAAGACUCAGAUCAACUCCAUGACUCAAUCUUUAAUAGAAAAAGUACAAGAAAAACGAAAAGACCUCGAGCAAUUGAACCAAAAGAGCAUGGACAUUACACUGCAAGUUGCCGACGUUAAAAUCCAAGUGCAGACACAUGUAGAUCAAGUUAUUGCAAUCAUCGAGGCGAGGAAACAGGAUGUUUUUGAUGCAGUCGAUAAUCGAGCGAAAAAAUCACUGAAAUCCCUCUCACAGAAAAAAGACCAAGUUGAAAAUCAAGUGAAAUUAAUUGAAUCGGCAAUUGAACGAACUAAAGCUCUUGUCAAACGAAGCUUUAGUACUGAAACCCUUGGAUUCAGUGAAACAUUUGAUCAUACAAUUCUACAGGAACAGAGCACCCAAGGAAACCGUGACACUGAAUGUAUUCCUCGGUUUAGUUUCACUAAAAGUGAAAAACUGAUUAACGUGUUGAACAGUGAAGGGAUAGGUAAUGUAAAAAUUGUUUUAACCGAAACUAAAGCGCAACAAUCAGGAGCUAAAGGUAAAGAAAGCAGUAAAGUAAUUGCUGGGAAUAAAGGGGCAAAUGUUCAUGACAGUCCUUUUGAGCCCCCAGUACAAACCAGGCGCUUCAGGUCCGUGCUGUCAUUUGGACAAAAGGGUAAGUCUGUUGGAAUGCUUAAUUGGCCCUGGGGGAUGGCAGUGAAUGAUCGUGAUGAAAUUGCUGUGACUGAGCUCGUGAACCACAGGGUUUCAGUGUUUAGUAGUGACGGUACCCACUUAAGAUCGUUUGGUAGGGAGGGUAACAAUAAUGGUAAGUUCCAGCACCCUAAAGGGAUCGCUUUUGAUAGUCAUGGUAAUAUUGUAGUGGUAGACUAUUUUAACGACAGGGUGCAAGUCUUUGAUAGGAAUGGUAACUUUCUUAGUAAGUUUGGUAAACAAGGAAGUCAUGAUAAUCAGCUUAUGUCCCCUCAAGGUUUAUCAAUAAAUGGCAACGGCGAAAUUAUUGUCGCUGAUAGCGGUAACCAAUUAAUAAAGAUAUUCUCCUCUAGUCGCAACUAUUUGCGUAAAUUUGGUGAAGCAGGUUCUUUGGUCAAUCCCAUGCACUGUAUCCAACACGGUCAAAAUUUUAUAGUCUCAGAUGGCAGUGAUCAUUCCAUUAAGAUGUUUGAUCUUGAGGGAAAAUUUAUUUCUAAAUUUGGAAAAAAGGGGAACAAGGAUGGAGAGUUCAAUCAGCCCUGUUGCCUGUCAGUUAACAAAGAAGGAUUGCUAAUGGUCUGUGAUGCAGGAAAUCACAGAGUUCAAGUAUUUGAACUGAGUGGAAAGUUUGUUACAAAAUUUGGAAGUGAAGGUAGCGGGAGAGGAGAGUUGAAUUAUCCAUUUUCUACAGCAAUUCUUAGUGAUGGAAGAAUAGUUGUGUGUGAUUUGAAUAAUGAUCGAAUCCAGGUAUUUGAGGAAACAGGAAAUAAUCUAUAA